AUGCUAAAUAUGCAGAAAAACGAACGAACAAAGAGCGAGAGAGCAAUUCGCACCUUAAAGAAAAAUCGUAACGGAGCAGGCUUGGCAAAUAAAAUUCCCACAGUAAACCCUGCACUAAAGUGUAAAUUGAGAUAUGUGCAGCUGCAGCGUGUGUACGACUAUCUUCAAAUCGAAAACGAAUAUAUUAAGAGUCGUCUGGAAGCCAAAAAGAACGAAGUGAAAGACGAUGCCGAGAUUACAAUCGAAACCAUCCGCGGAUCGCCUCUUACUAUUUGCACCGUAGAGGAGAUCGUGGAUGAUGAUCAUGUAAUCAUCAGUAUAAAAGGCAUUCUGGAAUACUUAGUCGGCGUUGCCUCUUUCGUUGAUCGAGAUCUCUUGGAGCCGGGCGUAUCCGUAUUCGUCACCAGCACUUCGAUGUUCGUCGUUGGCAUCGUCCAGGAGAACACCAACAGCUCCGUCGACGUCAUGCGAGUCGAGAAGGCCCCCGCCGAGACCUACGCAGACAUCGGUGGUCUGGACGAGCAAAUCCUUGAGAUCAAAGAAUCCGUGGAGCUCCCGCUGACGCACCCCGAGCUCUACGACGAAAUCGGCGUGAAGCCGCCCAAGGGCGUGAUUCUGUACGGAGAACCGGGCACGGGGAAGACGCUUCUGGCGAAGGCCGUGGCGAACAAAACGUCUGCGACGUUUCUGCGGCUGGUUGGAAGCGAGCUGGUGCAGAAAUACGCGGGAGAAGGACCGAAGCUGGUGCGCGAUAUCUUCCGAACGGCGCGCGAUAUGGCGCCGUCGAUCGUGUUUAUCGAUGAAAUCGACUCGAUCGGAACGAAGCGAUACGACGCGGACUCGUCGGGAGCGCGCGAAGUGCAGCGAACGAUGCUGGAGCUGCUGAACCAGCUGGAUGGGUUCGAUGAUCGGGGCGAUGUGAAGGUGAUUAUGGCGACGAAUCGGAUUGAAACGCUGGAUCCGGCGCUGCUGCGACCUGGGCGAAUUGAUCGGAAGAUCAAGCUGCCGCUGCCGAACGCAGAGAGCAAGAAGCGGAUCUUUGCGAUCCAUACGAGCAAGAUGAGUUUGGAUAGUGACGUGAAUUUGGAUGCGAUUAUCCAGGCGAAGGACGAUCUGUCGGGUGCGGAUAUUCGAUCGAUUUGUAUGGAAGCGGGUAUGAUGGCGUUGAAGGACCGAAGAAUGAAGGUGAACAUGAACGAUUUCGAAGAGGCCAAGAAGAAAACGCUUUUCAAAAAGAACUCAAAGGAGCCGGAGGGUCUUUAUCUUUGA